UCAGCAUCCUUCCCUUGCUGAUUUUCCAGGAAAAUAAGGGGGAGAAAAGGAAAGCCAGAAAACUUGAUUUUCAGUCUUUAAUUAUCUUCUUUCAUCUGCUUCAUCACCAGCUCCAAAACAUGGCGUUUCCGGAUCAAUCAAGGGAGAUCUCUCCACAGAGAAAAAUGGGUAGGGGAAAGAUUGAGAUCAAGCGGAUCGAAAACACCACGAAUCGUCAAGUCACCUUCUGCAAACGGCGAAACGGCUUGCUCAAGAAGGCCUAUGAACUAUCUGUUCUCUGUGAUGCUGAGGUUGCCCUUAUUGUCUUCUCCAAUCGUGGCCGGCUUUAUGAGUAUGCUAACAAUAGUGUCAAAGCUACUAUCGAAAGGUACAAGAAGGCAUGCUCAGGUUCCUCCAAUACUGGUUCUGUUUCCGAGGCCAAUGCUCAGUUCUACCAGCAAGAAGCCUCUAAGUUGCGUGUACAAAUUGGAAAUCUGCAGAAUUCAAACAGGAAUAUGAUGGGUGAAGCUCUGAGCACUUUGACUCUGAGAGAGCUCAAGAACCUGGAGGGUCGUUUAGAGCGAGGCAUUAGCAGAAUCCGAUCAAAAAAGAAUGAGCUGUUGUUUGCUGAAAUUGAGUAUAUGCAGAAGAGGGAAGUCGAUUUGCAUAACAAUAACCAGUACCUCAGAACAAAGAUAGCUCAGAAUGAGAGAUCCCAGCAGCAAAUGAGCUUAAUGCCAGGAGGUUCUGAUUAUGAGGUCAUGCCAAACCAGACAUUGGAUGCUCGAAACUACCUUCAAGUAAAUGGGCUGCAAGCCGAUCAUCAUUACUCCCGUCAAGACCAAAUGCCCCUUCAAUUAGUGUAA